UUGUGGGGUGUGUGUCUGUCUUUAUUAAGCUCCAUCACCAUUACCAUUACUAUUCCUAUUACUAUUACUACUUGGAAUGAACUCUACCACCAAAAACAAGCUUCAUAAUCUUCUUCUUCAAGAUCACUUCCCUGCACAAGAAUUGAUAUGGGGUGUGCUGUUUCCGUUUACAGAGUCGGAGCCACCAAGAAGCAACAUACAAGCAUCCCUCUAGUUACAAUACUUGCUCCAUCCAUUCGUAUCCCUUCACCCUCCAAUAUCAAUAACCCCCUUAAAGGCCUCGUUCCUAAGGAUCUUGCACUUCGUCUUACCUCAUUCCGCAAUCAAAUUGCUCUUCUUGCCCAACACCAACAAGCUUCAGAUGAUGUUGCAUCAGCUGUUCCUGAAUUACUACGUGCAUCGGAGGACUACUUGUCGUUAUUAGUUGGCCUUACUCAUCAAGAACUUGGUUUGCAACAACUCAUCGAAUUCAAAUGGAAAAGCUUAGAUGAUGGACAACGACAAGAAAUAUGUAUUGCAGAUUCUUGGUUUGAAUUACUCUCUGUUGUUCACAUGAUGGCUAUGCUUACAUUGAUGGAGGCAAACUCAAAAUUGAUCCCUCAUCAAAAUGUUUCUACUCAACCACUUGAAUCUACAGAUAACAUACGUUGUGCUGUCGAUUUAUUGGUGAAGGCAGCUGGGUAUCUGCAGUUCUGUCUUAAUGAAAUUCUUGUCCAUAUUCCACCUCAUAUCAAGACGAAGUUGCCUGCAGAUUUGCAGGAGUGUGUACUCGAGGCUGCUUAUAUUCAAGCACUAGGGCAGGGAACUGAAAUGCAGCUUGCUUCGGCUGUUGAAAGUCGAAAUGCUACUCUAUCUGUUAAGAGAAGACUGGCAUGUGAGCAACUAAGCUAUUUCAGCCAGGCUCACUACUGCUUGUCAACCUGUGAAAACCUUAAUGGAUAUGGAAAGAAGCAUCUAUCAUUUAUCAAAUGGAAGUACCUUGAAGCAAAGGCUGCAGCAUACUACUACCAUGGUCUGAUCAUGGACAAGGGUAGCGAACCAUCCUGCCACAUCAGUGCAGUGUGUUGUUUUCUUGCCGCAGAAGAAAUUCUAACAGAGAGCAAGAAGGCUUGUUUAAACUUUUGCCUAACAGUUCCCAUAACAAGGGUUCCUUAUGCAUGGGGUGCUAUGAAGCAUUUGAAUAAGAAAAUUCCUGAAACUGCGGCUAAAAAGUCCCAGAUGUACGCAUACCUCUUGGAACAAGAAAAGGGUCUGGAAGUGUUGCCAGAACUCCCAGAGUUUGAGCUGUCGUUGAAAGCAGACGAAUACGAAAUGCCAGAAAAAGAUGCAGCAUGGGAGAGCGAAAAAUGGGUGAUACCUAGCCAAACGCUUAAAACUCACUUAACAGACGAUGAAGAAGAUGAUAUAUGAAGCCAUCUUCUAUGUGUACAAGACAAACAGGUAGUAGGUGUUGCCAGCAGAUAAAGAAAAAAAAUGCACAUUUGGUGGAUAGAACACAAGGAAUGUAUCCCAUAUUUAUUAGGGUAAUUAUUUAUACAUGAUACGCUUUUAAACGUACGUUUCUUUUUUGCCACUCCAAACAUCCUUAAUUGGUUUCAAGAUCCUCACUCAACCAAACCCCAUAAAUGUUCUUUUGGCUUGGAUUAUUAACAAUUUGUCAUGC